GGGCGAGCGGACACAGGGGACGGCUCAGGGCAAACACAUUCCCCAGGAAAGGCCUCGCAGGACACAACAACGCCGGAGCGGUCUGGGGGACAAAAGGAGCCAGAUCUGCAAAAGCAAGAGGAACGCGGGGAGCUUCUUCAGCCGCUGAUCUUCGUUUUGCUGGUGUUAUGCUCGGUCCUGCUGUACUUCAAAGUGUCUCUUAUGGAUCCGGGUUUUGUUAAGCCUGAAGAAGAAGUGAAGGAAGGUGAAGAUAAAGGAGAAGGUGUGGUGAUCCCUCAGAUUCCUGGUGACAUUAAGCUGCGGCGCUGUGGUUACUGUCUGGUGAAGCAACCCAUGAGAGCCAAGCACUGCCAGCUGUGCCAGCACUGUGUGCGGCGCUACGACCACCACUGCCCCUGGCUUGAGAACUGUGUAGGAGAAAGGAAUCACCCACUCUUCAUAGUCUACCUGAGCGUGCAGCUUGUGGUUCUGCUGUGGGGAGGCCAUGUUGCUUGGUCAGGCCUCUACUUUGAACAAUCUCAGAAGUGGCUGCAGCACAACAUUUUCCUCCUUGUGUCCUUCCUCCUGAUAUUCAUAUUCACCAUUGUGGUCCUGCUGCUGCUUGUUUCCCACCUGUACCUGAUCUCAUGCAACACCACGACCUGGGAGUUCAUGUCGCACCACCGCAUCUCCUACCUGCGGCACUCCGAGCUGGAGAACCCCUUUGACCAAGGGAUAAUCCUCAAUCUCUGGAGAUUCUUCUGCUCACGCCACCUCACUGCAUGGGAGAACAUCUAUUUUCACAGGAACAGUGAGCCUGUCUAGUCCCAGUGUGCCAACACGCCUGGCAGGCCGCUGGGUAAAGCUUUGCUAAAGCAAUGGCUGCUGUUUCCUUGCACUGAACUUUACUCCAUCAUGGACUAUAGAACCUGCUCCACAACCCGUUCAUCUGCAGAUUAUGUUUCAGGGAUAGUCAGGGUUAUUUUUUAUAUAUAAAUAACACUGUUAAAGGCAAGAAUCCAGUUCUGGGAAGGACAAAGCCAGCAGAGCUGAUUUCCAGACUGACCAAAGUACCUCUCUAAAUUUACUUCCUUUUGUUAAGUGCAUCCACUUCUUUCCAGAAGAAAUGCAAGAUUAGUGUGACUAUUCAUGUUCUCUUCUCCAAGGUCUCCCUUGCCUUUUGCUGCUAGGGAACAGCAGCAAUUACAGAUAAAACCAGCCAGGAUUGGUUUAAUUCCUGUGGCCUUUUUUCAGCCAAGUUCUGGCUGUGAGAACUGCAGUGCCUUUUGGCAGUAAUAUCAGGCAUGUAACAGAAAUAUUUAAGUAAAUAUUUAGAGAGUAAAAAGCAAAUUUUAUUUUAUCCACAUGCCUCAAUACUUUCAACAAAGACUUAAGGCUUAAUAAUGUUAAUGGGAAUGAGAAAGAGCUGUAAGAUACCCAAUUAAUGUUAUGAGAUAAUUAACCUGUAUUUUUUGAUGUCCUGAGCAGCUUCCUCACAGCUUUUUAAGUUGAUGAUGCUGCUAACAAUUCACUGUUUUGAAUCAAAUCAGUGAAGAAUGAUACCAUUGCUUUUCUUUGGACAGAAAAGUAAUCCUUGGCUACUGAGUUAUUUCUGCAGAUAACAUCAUGCUCAGGCCUUUGUUGUAGCUUGGGAGAGAAGCAGGAGCAGAGGUGGGUCCCUCUUGCCUAACUCAAGUAACACUUGGUAAAACUACUACUACCUCAACUCACUACUGACAUUUUAAUACAAUUUCAGUGUAAAAGCAAAGCUGUCAGGUCCCGGUUGAUUAACUGAGAUGAGAGAUGCUGACACUUUUCAGGACAGCAACAAGAGGACCUGUUUUCCAUUGAAAUAAAAGGUCCUACUUCAGAUUUCCAUGGGGAAGUAAAAGGAAGUUUGGGAUGACCGAUCUUCGCUUUAAAACAAAAAAGGCUGUGGUGUGAUUUUUAGUCCUGACCCUUUUCUGUUAAAACAAAAACAAACAAAACAAGAAAAACAACCACAACAAAAUGUUAGUUAAAAAUAUCUUGUGCCUUAAUUGUCUUGGCUCAGGAAUUAACAGCAACUCAGAACCACAGACGGUGUAGUUACUAACACGGCACAACAGUCCUAAAGCAAUUUAAAUGCAGCAAAAGAUGCUUUUUUUGACCAGCUCCAGAGUUUGUAGUCUGUGCACAGUCUGGUUUGUUCAAAGUAGCUUUAUCAGAGGGAUACCAGAAUGGUAAGGAUUGCUUUUGAAAAGCUGCUACACCAUUCAGAAGGAUUCUGCAGUUUGCUUGUGUUGCUGUGAUACCUGCUAAAGUGUGGAUCAUGUGUCACAUUGCAGUUCCUGGUUCUUCAGGUAUCAGUCAAGUGAAAGUUUAUCAGCAGGUACAUACAACAGCUCCAACCAGUUUUGCUGUGUUUGGUAUUUAUUUAAAAUACACCUAGGUGAUAAAUUACCAUUUUUUUUACUCAACUGUAAAUUAUAAAAUAAAAGAUUAAAUAUGCAUUUUUAAAUUCUCUAUGACUCUCUCUUCGAACCCAAGUUCUAGGUUUCACCUGUGCUAACAAUCCACUGUGCUACCUCCCACUGCACAGUGGCAUUGAACUAAAGCCACAAAACAUACCACAGGGGCCAACAGCAGCUGCCACUCAAACAAGAGUGAGGAAAAUGGGUAUCCUGCUCUAAACAGGCCAGUGCACUGCCAGGGCGAGCAGGAGGUUGGAAGGAUCUUUGUACAUGGGAAUUUUCAGAAGCAGCUAUACUUGGCUCUGAAAAUAGAAAAUCUAGGCUCAGUGUGAAAUAUCCCUGGUUUAAAUAAACAGAGCUCUUACCUUACUGAAUCCUGAAGCACUGGGACCUGUCUUGGCUUAACAAUUCCCUAGAUCCUUGUCUCCAGCUACAGGACAGCUGCCCUAGUCCCACUCCUGUCUUUGUCUGGUGAAGACAAACUGAAAGAGCAAUGAUUGUGUCCUUGCUUGCAUCAGAUGCCUUAUCUCUAAAAACCCUUCCCUUUUCGCCCAAUGAGCUAACAUUAUGAAUUUAAGACAUGAAAAUGUAUCUUAUCAAGUAUAAUUACAAGAUAGAUUACAAGGCAAUUAAAUCACCUUUAACUCA